CUACAAACAAAUCUAUAAUGUCUCUGAGACUGGUGUCUUCUCAAGUGCUGAAUACAUUAACCUGUGUUUUGAGCAAGUGUUGUGGUACUUGUUAUGCAGAGUGUUGUUGUUUUUUUGCAAAUAACACAGUUAGUAACAAAGAGUGUCAUCCUCUCCAGCCAAAAGCUAUUUCCUACUUUUGGGCUGGUUGCCCUGUUGUGCAGUAGCCCUUAAGGUGGACUGGCGGUUCACCCUUAAUCAUGCUAACACAACCUACGCAAAACGUUAUGUCACUGCUAUAACUGUGUUUUAACUUGCCAGCCGCCGUAACCCUACCUUUUUCAGUCACACCCUCAGGUAGCUGCCCGGUGGCUAAAGGCUGUCUACCUUUAAUACACCCCAUGCUAACGGUAGCACCCCAAGCUCUUCACCACCGGGUGUAAUGAUCGAGCUCCUUAUGCUGUAGAUCCACAUUUAAUGACUGUGUUUUAAAUUAGGUCUGUGCUGCAACAAGUUGAAGAGGUAUAAUAUAAUUGUCUUUUGCGUGGAAUGUACCCAGAGGUAAAAAUGGACUAACCUGUUAACUUUUUGCUUGUUUUGAGUCUAACCAUAUUUGUGUGCUAGCUUCGCAUUUUCUUCUAAGAUAGUGCCCAUUCAUGGGUCUGGCUACAUGGUGGGGGGGCAGGCGGGCAGGACAGGCCUGGCUCUUCCAAUCAUAUGCUCAGCCCACCCUGGGGCCAAUGGCAUUUCUCUCGAAGUUUCCGCAAAUUGGUAUUUAGCGACUUUCAAUAUCCUUUCGGUGACAUGGGAGAAAUAUCCUAGCGGCAAGGCUUUUUGCUUGGACUCAAGGUGAUUAUGCUGAGUUUGAGUCACUAUAAUGAGCUCAUGUAGAAGCUGAUUUCUGUGUUUUCUGAGGGGGAGCAGAGGCAAUCCAUCUGGUCUGAAAUACUGACAAGCUGCACGCGACAGUGUGCCCAACCACCCCCUCAGCUUAAUCCUGUGCCCCCACCCCCCAAUUUUCAAAGCUGUAGCUGGGCUUGAAUUAAUACAUUUACAUGAUUUACAUGACAUAAAUCUACCACUGUUGCUUUGCCGAUUUGUAAAAUUAACUUGUUACUCAUGGUUAAGCUUUUGCCAGGCUAGUGCAGGGUGGAGUAAUCCACCUUUGACGUAGCUACAGGGCUGCACCAGGCCUCAGGGGUACAGCCGGGAAUUUACCUUGCUUUUUUAUUUGUAAUGGUUUCUGUGUUCCUGCAUUCCUGUAGUUAUGACCUUAUUUGAGUAAUUUUGGGAUUCUUUUGGUUUUCAGGCUGUUUGUGCUGUAACCAUUACCUUUUCUUUUUCCCCACUCCCUAGAGCAGAUGACAGAGGCUUUCUUCAGCGCUCACGGCUCCCCUCCCUCACACUGUGUGUGGUGAUCAUUUUGUAUUGAUAAAGUGUAACUCACCAUUCAUUGUGAUCACGCGUCUGGAGUGUGUGUGUGUGUGUGUGUGUGUGUCAGUAAGUGAACCUAAUAACCAGUGAGCUGGUCCUUGUAUAACAGUGAAGGUAAGCCAUUCCCGUAAUCAGUCUGCGUCUAUUACUUUAGGCUGAACUUAUUAAACUUGCUUAUUUUGCUUUGGGAUUUGAGUGCUAGCCUGGGCUUACUUCCAUUAGUGGGGCUUUUAUUCCUCCUGAGAAAUUAUAAAGGAGUAUUUUAAUCAUGGUUUAAUUUUAACAUAUAAAUUGCCCAUCUAAAUAUGCAUAUGUCUCUGUUUUCAGUUCCUAGCUUACCUGUGAGCCACUUGAAACAGGGGGGGGGGUCCUAUUCUCAAAAUAAAUUGAUUCCUGGGGUAAAAGUCCCUCAGUGGUGAAGUCAAGCACAGUAGUGGAUAACAUCUUGGUCACCUACCGUUAGGUCACAUUUAUAUAGGUCAGCAGAGCUGGACUGUCUGAGAGUCUGUAGCAAACAAACAAAUUUGUCGUCCUUGUAUAAAGUCCACGAGGGAGAGAACGGAGAGCAAAGCUGGGAAUGCAGACAGGCACACAGCCUAGUCCAACUCCAGACCCCCAGUUUCAAGCCCAGUCUCCACCUCUGGACUGUAUUCCAGGACCACCGUCAAGAUCAUGGACCUUCUGCACGGCAUAGGGGUGGACCUGGUUCUCUACCUCCAAGCAAACUACCGAAAUUAUGAAAGCGUGUUCCACCUGGCAUCUUCACUGGCAGACCUGCACACACCCAUCUUUAUCUUCUUUCCUGUUUGGUUCCACUUACAUCAGAAAGUGGGCAUCAAUCUAAUAUGGGUAGCUGUGGUCGGGGACUGGCUUAACCUGGUCUUCAAAUGGGUUCUCUUUGGGGAGAGACCAUAUUGGUGGGUCCAUGAGACCCAGUUCUAUGGUUCUGCACCACCUCCUGUCUUGCAGCAAUUCCCCAUCACCUGUGAAACUGGGCCAGGAAGCCCAUCUGGUCAUGCCAUGGGCUUGGCAGGAGUGUGGCAUGUCAUGGUGACAGCUGUCCUUGCAGCAAAUACAGAGAGAACGCACUCUGCUCUUUUCAGCUGGGUCGUACGCCUGGGGCUCUGGAUGGUGCUGGCUAUAGUCAUCCUCCUUGUGUGCAUGUCCCGGGUGUAUGUGGCCGCCCACUUCCCACAUCAGGUCAUCACUGGGGUCAUUGCAGGUAUGAUCGUGGCUGAGGUUUUCAACCGAGUGCAGUGGAUCUACAGUGCCAGUCUGAAGAAGUACCUGUAUGUCACCCUCUUUCUGCUGACCUUCGCCCUGGGUUUCUAUGUGCUGCUGAAGGCACUCGGAGUCGACCUGCUCUGGACUCUGGAUAAAGCAAAGCGGUGGUGCAUCCGGCCCGAAUGGGUCCACAUGGACACGACGCCCUUCGCCAGCCUAAUGCGCAACAUGGGCACCUUGUUUGGCCUCGGUUUGGGCCUGCACUCUCCGCUGUGCGAGCAGAAGAAGGAAAUCAAGAGCGCCUCCUUCAGGCUGGGCUGUAUCAUAUUCUCACUGCUGCUUUUGCAGCUGCUGGAUACAGUUAGCCUCCCUUCUAAGAGUAAUAUUUUGUUCUACCUGUUGUCCUUCUGUAAGAGUGCUGCCGCACCCUUCAUCACUGCUGCCCUGGUGCCAGGCUGCCUCUCAGUCCUCUUCCUAAGCAAAAAUGUUCAGAGGAACUUAUGACAAUGACGAAACAUGUUAGUCCUCAGGUGGAUUAUGGAGGCUAGCUUCCAAGGAUAAAAAUCUCAGUCUGCUGUCACUGACAAUUAGGUAGUCUUUAUACUUAGGUUCUUCUUUUCAAGACUGCCCAGACAAAGACUCCAAGAGGUUAAUGAUGGUUGUGGACUGAGUGCCUUCAGCUAUAUUUCCAGUUAAGGUUGUAGAUGCUCCUGCUGGCUGCUUCAGAACUUACUGGGAAAGUUGAGGUCAUGGUAUUCAAAGGAGUGAGUUCAGUUUGUUUGCACAUGGGCAGCACAUCUCCCCAGUAACAUGCCCUCCAGGGUUUUGAAUCUUGUAAACACCCCAUCAUGCGUGUUUGUGAUCUCACUGUACCUGUUUAAAACGUCCCUCAUAACUACAACAUUCAGAAGAAGAAAAUUGACUUAAAAUUUUUGUUUACUCAAAAUGUUAUUUUUGGAUUAACUUUUUAUUUCACAAAUCAAAAAUAAAUAAAUCUUGACGCUUUAUAAAUAA